AUGAAUUUGCAAAGGCUGAGGAUUUUUAAUCUAUGGAGGAACGUUAACCAUGUGUCUGCUCGUUUUUCACAUCCACAUAAGCCAAAUUUUAUUCAAUCAACAGCACUGACAAAGACAAAAUAUUUCCUUGGAUUAACUGAUAAACUACGAUAUUCAAACAUAACCCUUCGUAUUUCUGGUGAAAACUUAUUCAUAAUCUGUGCAGAAUACCCCGUAUUUGAGGAUUUUGUGCAACAUCUUAAACUCCCAGACACGUUUCAAACGUGGUUCUCAUUAACCACACUACACAUAUGGAUGUGCUACGUGCGUCUACGCCAAGAAGGACAAGAAGGGUAUCUCAUAAAAAAAUGGAUGGAUAGAGCUCUUUGGGAAGAUAUGAAACGCAGAGUGCGUGCAUUCAAAAUCUUAACGAAAAGCCAUAAGCAGAUUAAAGUCUUUCGUGGGCAAUACUUUGGCAAUAUGGUCGGAUAUGAUGAAGCUUUACUAUCCUGCUUAGACUCACAUUUAGCUAGUGCGUUGUGGAGUAAUAUAUGGUUCUGUUGUCCAACAACUACCUUUCAAGAAAUCGAGAUAUUGAUUAAGUAUGUCAGGAAACAGUUAGAACACUUGGAAAAAAUUCCGUCAGAUGUUUUUCUUGAACACGGUACUCCAACGUUUUUACCAUUAAUGCAAGAUGAAAUAGAUGUUUCCCUUGCUAAAGAACGUGUGAGAUAUUGUUUAACUUUUCCCGAACAUCUUAAAUAA